GCAGGGCCGAGGCGGGAUUUUCUCUUCCGCUGGCGCGGUCCGGGCCGACUCUCCUGCUGAGAGAGGAACCGGAGCUGCUGAAAGCGCGACGCUGUGCUGGUAGUUGCAACACUUGAGAGGGGAACCGAGUUGCCCGGCGCGGCUGCGGUCGCGACCUGAAGCUGCACCGCUGCGGGAGAGGUCCGAGGGGCGCUCGGCUCGGGCAACUUCACUUCUUACGCCGCUCGAGAAUUGGAGGGGUGGAGAGGUGUCGGGGGUUUGGAGAAGGGCUUGUAAUGAAUUCUCAGGACCACCGCCUCCUCGAGCGUGGAGGUAUUGGUGCUCACCAGAAUACUUAGAAAGCGGCCGCUCGCUAUGAGGAGGGGAGCGGGCCUAGGGCGGAGCGGCCUCGUCCCCCGGGCCUGAGCGCCCACCCGCUGCCGCCGCGGGACGUCCCCAACCCUCCGGGGCUUUCCGCCAUGGGCGCUCGGUGAAUAGGCGACGUGGGGAGUCGUGGACCUGCCACUUCGGGAGGUAAUGCUGGCUCAGUUUUGAGUGGCCCGGGGAGAGCGAAGAAACCCUAAAAUGGAGGACUUUACUACCAGGACGUAUGGCACUAGUGGCCUGGACAACAGACCUCUGUUCGGAGAGACGUCGGCCAAGGAUCGAAUCAUCAAUUUAGUUGUUGGCAGCUUAACAUCCUUAUUGAUUCUAGUAACGCUGAUCAGUGCUUUUGUUUUCCCUCAACUACCUCCAAAACCGCUGAAUAUAUUUUUUGCUGUCUGCAUCUCUUUGAGUAGUAUUACUGCCUGCAUACUUAUCUACUGGUAUCGCCAAGGAGACCUAGAACCGAAAUUUAGAAAUCUAAUUUACUACAUCUUAUUUUCGCUCAUCAUGUUAUGUAUAUGUGCAAACCUGUACUUCCAUGACGUGGGGAAGUGAGGCUGCCGAGGAGAAACACUUAUCAGGUCUCUGCGAAGCUGUACACUUGGACUGUAAGAGCUGGGUCAGGUGUGCUGAAGAAUCUCCUGUGCAAGUCUGAUACAUGAUUUUCAUGUUAAUUGUAAAUCUAAAAUUCCCUCUUUCAGGGGAGACGUAUCCUAGAUUGCUUUGCUUUUUUCUUUAAGGAGCUGAUGUUGCACUGAAACAUUCCAAACCUUAAAGCUCAAACAGCACAAGCAAUUUUCACUUUUGAAAUUAAAAUUUUAUAAUGUAGGUGCAUGGUGAAAGGCUAUGUGACAAUCUUGCAUUUUAAGACAAAUAUUCUUUUAUUUCUGUUAAACUGAAUAUACAAUUAUUGUUCCCUAGGCAACCAACUUUUGCUUAUAACUACAAUUAAAUUUCACAUUAACAAAACACAGACGGUGAAAAGACAACUUUGAUUGUGAAGAUCUAAUUACAGUAAUAAAUAAAAUAAUUUAUACAA